ACAUAUUUACAUACAUAUCUAUCUAAUCGUGCCACUCUUCUAUUAACACAGGAGUGCAUAAUAUAUACAAAUGUAAAGCUUUGUUACCAUGCAAAUUUUUGUUCAAAAAGCACUUGUUUAAUCAAUAAUAACUUUAUUUCGGGAUCGAUUUCCAAUAAUUCAGAAUCUCACGUGUCACGCCCCACGCAAAACUUUCUCCACAAAUUCUGGUCCUACAUACAUAUUUCACCCCCCACAAAAAUCCCCCCCUCUUCGUCACCAUGUCCGCGGAAGUAGCACCUCCACCCCCACCACCACUCGCCGUAGUCGACCCACCACCGCCACAACUUCCUCCUCCUCCUCCCCCCGAAGAGACCCCCCCACUUUCACACACAGAUGGUCCACCUCCACCUCCUCCCACCGAAUCCACGCGACACUCCACCUCCAACCCGGCAAAUCCUGCCGCUCCUCCCACAAAGACGCAAAUGUCUGCCCGACUCGCGAGCAAGAAGAUGAUUGACAUCCUCACCCCGAAGAAGGAACCCUUCCCCAUUUUCCUCCCCCCGAUUGGGGACGUUCGCAAGAAGAUUUUCAUGACCACGCCGCCCCCGCCCCCUGUCAAAUCGGGUAGUUUGACCCAGUCCGACGUUCCCUCCGAUAAGAUCAAGUUUGGCAGCGUGCCCUUCGUGGAUGGGGACGAUGCUCCAAAUCCGUUCCAGUAUCCGCCCAGUAUUAAGGAAUUUAUGGCGAAAUGCGAGGCAGAGAAGGCGGAGGUGAAGAAGAAGGCGGCUGAGACGCCCGCUCUGAUGAAGGGGACGUCCCUAUUCAAGCAGAAUCAGACCGUUUUAGCCAGAAUUAAACCCUUUCUUCAGCCCACUUUUAAACCUUCCCUCGCCCACGAUUACAAGCAAGUCAUUUGGCGUGCCCAGAAUGGAUUGCAUAUCAACCAUUUGCAAAAAGUCUCCCGCAAAUUGCACACCGAGUAUAUCAUGCAGCGCAAGAAUAUCUACUAUCUUCGGAGGGCGAUCCGGUCCAGAAAAAUCGCUCUGGAAAUGAUCGGCAAAACCCGGGAGUUUGAGGAAGCCUGUCUCAAAGAUUACGAAUGGCUCACCGACUUCACCAAGGAGGCUUUCGAAACCUUUUUGAAGGAGAAUGACGAAAAAACGCACCAAGUCGCGUUAACGGCGGAGCACGCGUUAAAGGAAAAACUCGACAAAACCCUCCAAGUUCGACAGUUGAGCAUCCAGAUAAACCACGUCAAGUCGGACAUCAUCCAAACGAAUGAGAGUUUACGCGAGUGCAAAACCUACAUGCGAUUCUUGGACGAUAUCGCCAGAGAAAUUAUGCGAAAGGAUGAAGAAGAAGAGAUUCGAGCUCAGCAUAGAGAGCAACAAGUGAAAGAGGAGUUGAUGCUGUACCUCAAGCAAGGCAUGUCCCUCAAGAAGGCGCAGCAAACCGUGGAGGAAAGGGCCAAAGAACUCUACGAAGAUUACUUCUCCAGCGGACAGCAUCGUGCCUCGUUCGGAAACGCCGCCAGCAGCGAGUUCCUGUCCACCCUGCAUAAAGAGGUUCGUCGCUACUUGGGCAUGCCGGAAGAGGUCAUCACCAUCUCGGACGAACCGGAAGAGGACGAACAGCAAAUUCGGCGAGGCAGUCUGGACGACGAUUUCGACGACGACUCGACGCUGCCCUCGGCGUCGCAGGAGCCCAUCCACGAGACCGGCUUCCUCUCCCCCAGAACCAUCGUGUCCAGUCUGGUCCAGAGGAACAAGAGCAGACUCGUACACGUGGUCGAAAAACAGGAGAGAAAAGCCUUCGAAAAGUUGAUGAUGGGGCCGGGAACCAAGAAAAUUUUGAAAAAUGCUGAGGAUGAAGACGGCUUUAAUGAGUUCGCCCUCCUAAAAUCACUCGAACUCGUGCCCGGCGAUGAGGACACGGACCGAAGAGAACUCGCAGGCCUAAGUUUCACCCGACCCAGCCAACUUUUGCAAAUCUACUCGGACAUGGAAGAAGCCAACCUGUCUCUCAUACAACACUCCCAAGCUUCUGAAGAAAUGUUGGAACGUGUCAAUAAUCAAAUCACGGCUACAAGAAAAAAUCUGAACCACCGGGGUCGCCUUUUGCGCGAUGAGAUCAAUCGCAUGCAGGCAAACAUUGACGGUAAUGAGGAUCGUGCCAACGCUUUGGCCAUGCUCGUCGAAAUGUUCACCGGUGGAAAUUAUGAUGUCCGACAGCAGCAAAAAUUAUACAAAAUAUUGCAAAAACAUGUCGCCAGAGUUUACAGAGCAGCAGUUGGUACGAUUGACCAUCACCUCAAUCCAAUCAUGAUGUUGACCUCGAUCGAGAAAAAUUUUGAGGAUUUGAUGUACGAAAUCCAAGCCAUGCCGACAGACGUAGUGAUGCAAAUCUCAAGGGAAUUGGACAAGGAACGUCGCGAAAUGGAACGUUUGGAAAAGAUGAACCACCGCAAGAAAGUUCAAGAAGAGAGGAAAUCCAGGCAACUCGAUCGUGCCAAAGCGCCCAUUCAUCGCAGGAAAGGGCGACCCCUUCUGCCUCGCUCGCAUCCUCCCAAGGUCGUCAUUCACCUCUCACAAGAAGAGUUGGACAAGAAAGCGGAAGCCGACGAGUUUAACUAUUUCUUUGGUCCUUAAAUUAAAUAUCUAGUAGUAAAAAAAGCACAAA